ACUUUCCUUGGGCAACAAUGGCCUGAACUCCUUGCCCGAGUCUUUGGGCAAUUUGUCGACAUUGAAGAUGCUCGACUUGCAGAACAACAACUUGAGAUCCGUGCCCGAAUCUCUGGGACGCCUGGAGAACUUGAGGGAACUAUAUCUGCAGAACAACACAUUGACAUCAUUGCCAGAGUCUUUGGGUGGACUUGCCAAUUUGACGGACUUUUCUGCGGAGAGCAAUGAGCUGAGCCAGUUGCCGGAAUCUUUGGGGAAUUUGUCAACAUUGAGGAUGCUUUAUUUGCAGAACAACCAUUUGAGAUCCCUACCGGAGUCUAUGGGCAACCUCCAAAAUUUGGAGGAACUCUAUGUGGAGAGCAACAGCUUGACUUUACUGCCGCAAUCUUUGGGCAACUUGCCACGCUUGGUGCGCCUUUAUGCGCAGCACAAUCAGCUGAAGUCGUUCUGGACAUUAAGAAUGGACGUCCAGUUGGAGGUUUUGUUGUUGCAGCACAACCAGAUUGAGAUGGAUUUGUCAUUUGCUUGCAAUCUCAAACAUAUUGUCGCGCUAUAUCUUCAUGACAACAAGCUCAAGGACAAGCUUCCACGUUGCAUGGGCUCGUUGCUUUCUUUGCGAGUUCUUACACUGCACAGGAAUGACUUGACAGACCAAAUCCCUUCAGAGAUUGCGCGAUUGCCCAUGUUGCAAUUGUUAACUUUACACCGCAAUCGACUGACUGGAGACAUUCCGGAAAACUUUAGCGCUUUUGCAAAACUGUCCUUCUUCUCAGCCUUCGCUAAUGACCUAAACGGAUCAAUUCCACCCAUGCGGCUAGAAGCAGGUUGUGUUGACGACAUCUCUUUCAGCCUUGAAGGGCGAUGGAAGGAUGGAAAUCCCGCUGCUAUCACAUGCAGAUUUUUCAGUGAAUAUGGAUUGAAAUUGGAUGAUUUUGAAUUGACGCCCGACAAGACGCAGAUGAUUUUGAAUGGAUGUCCAGCAUCACUGGACUGGUGCCAUAGUUCCUCUUCCCGGGGACCUGCGCUUUUGUUGCAGAGCAACCGACUCUCCUGUCUAUUGCCACCGCACAUCACAGCCACAAGUGAUCUUGAUCUUCGAUCCUUGAUCAUCAUUGGAAACAUGCUUGGAGAUGAUUGGGAGGAUCUGCCAAGCUGGGUGUCGGACUGGGACCGACAGCCAUUCCUCUACAUUUCACCUCUGAGAGUUUUUGGGAUCAAAGUCCCAGUUUCACGUUUACAAACGUUGAUUUUAACGUUUCUGGCCCUGGUGAGCCUCUUUUUUGCCAGUCUACAGAGCAUCAAGAACUGGACAGUGCAUCUGCGACAGAUAGGACUGUCACAUGAAGAUAGGACACGACUCGCACAUGCUUACUUGUUGAGGAUGACUUGCUACUUUGCUCCGCUGGCUGUCUUCCUCAUCCUCGUUUACCAGUGGAAUGCAGGCUAUUACACAUGUGGCAGACAAGUUGCCAAGACAAGCUUGGCCCACUUUCAGCAUGAAAGUUCCGGGCUUGGUCUUGCAUGUAUUUGGUCGACAUGGGUUUUUGUUUGCGCUUACUGCCUGCGAUCGGUCCCAAAGCCCGAGAAGCAGUUCAACACGAGAGCAAGAAGCUCUGCAAAGCAGACUGUGAGGGACAUGAUUUGGAAGUCAUCAUGGUGGCUUCUUUGGUUUUUUGUUGUAGUGCUUUUGUCAUCACCAUCUUUGGGUUAUGCCUUCGCACAAACACUUCCCAAGCAAAACUCCUUGAUCGAAAAUUCCUUUGUGCUGGGUAUGCUGCAUCAUGGAGCUGCCUUGACGAUGCUUCUCAUUGACAUGCUCAUCACGCCCAAGCUUGCACUUCUGUUUUCCAAGCUCUCCGGCUCGAUUCGACGCUCCAUGCUUCUGAUGGCCGCACGGACAGCCACAUCGUGGCUGAAUGCUACGCUUUGCACGAUCUAUAUGAGUGAGCACUGUAUGAGCGGAUGGACCACGUUCUGGACAAUGUGCGAGCAGAACUCGGAGCUUUACAACAGAUUCAAGAUAAACUUGGGCAGCCACGAGCUUCUAGAUCCGGUCAAAGAUUUAUGCGACAAACAGGAUGAUUGGUGGCAAAAGGAUGCUUGCGUGCGAUCGGUGGUGGAAACACUUGGGCCACUCUUCCUGAGCAAGAUGAUCCAGCGUGCAUUUUUGCAGCCUGUCCUCACUUUGCUGCAAUGGAAGCUGUCAAAGCAAGUGAAUGGCGAGCUUCAUUUUUCUCCAUUGGCGUUUCUAGGCCUCCACUGGGAGAUCUGCACCAGCAAAAGCUUGGACCGAGCGCAGCAGGCCACAUUCCUGGUGACCUUGGCCGAGGUGGUGCUUCUUUGGAGCCCCUUCGUGCCGCUUUUGCUUCCAGCCGUGUCAAUGGCUGUGAUGACAAACCUGCUGAUGUUCCAGAUCGGUGCCAGUGAGUUCCAUGCGAAUGUGCCCAUUCUCGAACAGGGAGAAACUGCAAGCAUGUCUCGCAAGUACAUGCAGCUCAGCGUUGGCAUUUUGCUUCUCUUCCAGAUGUGGUUUGCGUUCACUUCACAAAUGCGCGGCACAUCGCUUCUUGUUGUCACUGCCUUGAUCUUUCUUGGCGAAGCCGCUGGACUUACUCAGCACUUCCGAUCUAGGUCAAGUCCAGAGCUCGUCAGGGAAGAAGGUAUUGAGAUGAUUGAGCGAGAUUGGCGAUGAGAG